GCCACUUCUCUCAUCUUGAUUCUUCCUAUUCAAAUGUAAACAUCUUACCCUACAAACUCUCAUCUCUAAAUCUGCCAUUAUCAUCAAUUAGCAAGCGACCUCCAUCAUUGAGCUCUUCUGUUGCUAUACCCAAAGACUAUAUACCCCCUUUCAAGACGACAGCUGUAAUUCCCGAGUCAACUGCGCUGUUUAUCACGUCAGUCAACGAGGCCAAUUCGAAGCAAUCCUAUCGGGUAGACCUGGCAGCCAUCGAGACCAAGCUCCUAGUAUUAAGUCAAGACUAUCCUUCGAGGGAUAAGCUUAAUAUUCCAGCAACGUCCCUCAACUGUUUUAAUCGAUAGUCAACACUGACUGCCACUGCCUCUCACUGCCCAUCAAAAUGGCCGACCAUCACGGCUCUACCACUCCUCCACCGCCCACCCGCAUCCGCACUCCGCCAACUCCUCGUCUCGGAUACCAGGACAACUGGGAACCUUUUACUCCUCGCAAAUCUGCACGAAUUUCAUCACGACGAACAAGGUCUCCAUCACCCGGCGCAUCACAUCGUCAAAUUCAAUCACCGCAUACUGCCAAAAAAUCAAGCAAGCAUUUGAGCGCUGCCAUCGCUUCUCCCUUGCCGCAUAAGAAGCGCAUGCCUGCUAGUGAUUUCGUUCGCCGUGCAACAGAAAACAUGCAGGCGGAAACUUCUCGCGAUGGUGCGAGCCGUCGCACUCAUGAGCGAUCUACCUCUUCUGUUGCUGGUGCCACUGGCAUGCUUCCCACACCAUCAAAGACUCCCCAAAAACCACCCACAGAAAAGAAAACCGCACACAUCAAAUCAGUCGCCCGCAACCUUUUUAGUUCCGAUGCCGAUGAAGCGACUUUGACUCCUAGGAAACGAGCUUCCAAGAAGUACACCGGCAUCUCGAUGGAGAGCUUUUCCGUGGAAGAGGUUGAGGAGCCUAUUGAGAUCUUCACCGAUACCCGGGAUCGAGUACCUGUUCGUGACGAGAGCCAAGAGAAUCCUUUCCUUACAUCGGAAAACCCAUUCUUCAGCGAUGCACCGCGACCUGAGACUACUAAACGUCACGACAAGCGCAAGGUCAAGGUUCCUGGAGAAGGCAUCAAGACUGUCGAUGAUCUUGCUGAUCGCAAGGAUGGCAUGGUGUACACAUUCCGUGGAAAGAGAUUCUUCCGCAAGUGGUCGGAGCAAGAGAUGGAUGAUUGGGAUGAGCGUCAAGCCGCAGAAGAGGAUCCUGAGGCUCAUCUCAACCGCCCAUUAACUCGAAGUUCCAUUAAACCUCGUCUUUUGUUCCACAAUGAUAAGACGGAUGAGCAGAUUGAGGAAGAGGAGGCUGUGACUGACGUCGAGGAGAAUGAUGAGGAGCUACAUGUCCCAGAAACUCCAUCUGCGUCUAAGCCAGAACGCGCUUGCACUCCUGAAGCACCCAGGUUUGCUCCCGCUUCACCACCGUCUACUCGACGAGUCACUCGAUCCACCAACAAAUUGCCUGACGAAGGUACUCCUGUCAAGCCGCCUGGAAAGCGAAGCCCCUUCGACUCUUGGCGACGAACCAAGGAAGGUGUCGUUAAAUCACCAUCGCGCAAACGCUCCGCAGACAGCGUCGACACUAGGGAGUCUAAGCGUACCCGCAUCUAAGGAAAUCCCUCCCCGUGCAUAGGCGUCGCAUUUGCUUUCUACUACGGUGUCACAUCUCGGUCAAGUGGCUGCCCCAUGAACUUCAAUAAUUCUGCAUAUGGUUUAAUCCUACUUAUUGCCUUUCAAAGGAACUUCGGACCGGUUUUGGCGUUGGACGGUAUUGGCGCGUUAAAAGGACUAAUAGGCCGACAGGGUCGAUGGCAUGUAUUGCAUUGAGAGACAGCGUUUAUUGUUGAUACCUGCCCUCGAAAGAGGAAGAGAGGAUGGAAGGCCAAGUCUGUUUCGGUUUAUUACAUUUGAGAAGGUUCGGUACGGCUGGUCUGGUUCGCUAAGGGGUUUCCCUCUGGAAGUAUUCGAUUCUGUGAGCCCCGGUUUUUAGGUAGAUUUUUUUUUCAUGAUGUAGUCGAAUAAAAGAAAAGACAAGUUCAUGAUAA